AAAAUCCCCAACGGUCAUAUCAUAACCCUCAAACCUCAACAAAAACCAUUCAUCUUCUUCCUCAUCUCCAACGGUCAUCUCAUUGCCCUAACUCACCAUUUCAAACGCUCUUCUUCACUGUCUCUCAAUCUCUCUUCUUCACAACAAAGUACAGUAACCAUGAAAUCAAUCACAGAAAGCACUGAAAAUAUCUUCUCAGGAAAGCUAUCAUCGUCUUCAUUUCGAAAUUUCCUCCCUAGAUCCAUGUCCUCCAAGCAAAAGAACACUAAAAAAUCCUUCAAAAAAUUCAAUUCCGAAAAUACCCCUCCACCGGACCCUAACGUCAUCCAGUUCCACGAUCCUCCACUCUCAGCUUCCAUCCCUAAGAAACAACACUCGCCUCUCUCUAAUUUGUUGCCAAAGGUAGAGGUUUCUGGAUUGGAUACUCAGAGUGACACGUCACUAAGCUCAGAUCCACCGGUUAAGAUUGUGGUGAGAGUUAGACCUGUAAAUGAACAAAAUGGAGUUAGAGUGGCAAAGAUUUCUUCGGAUUUGUUGUCGAUUCGGGAUAGAAAAUUUAGCUUUGAUUCGGUUCUUGAUUCUAACUCAAAUCAGGAAGAUGUGUUCAAGCUAGUUGGUAUACCUUUAGUUAAAAGCACUUUAGCAGGUUACAAUACUUCGAUUUUGUCAUAUGGGCAGACUGGAAGUGGCAAGACCUACACAAUGUGGGGUCCUCCUAGUGCUAUGGUUGAGGACCCUUCGCCUAUUAGUCAUCAGGGCAUUGUUCCUCGCAUUUUCCAAAUGCUAUUCUCAGAGAUUCAAAAGGAACAAGAGAGCUCUGAAGGAAAGCAGCUAAAUUAUCAGUGCAGAUGUUCAUUUCUGGAGAUAUACAAUGAUCAAAUUGGGGAUUUGCUUGAUCCCGUGCAGAGAAAUCUUGAAAUAAAGGAUGACCCUAGGAAUGGAUUGCAUGUUGAGAAUUUGACGGAGGAGUAUGUCAGUAGCUAUGAGGAUGUGACUCAAAUAUUAAUUAAGGGCCUUUCAAGUAGAAAAGUCGGAGCAACAAGCAUAAAUUCCAAGAGCUCAAGAUCCCAUAUCGUGUUUACUUUCAUCCUUGAGUCCUGGUGCAAGAACACUUCAUCAAAAUGCUUCAGUAGCUCAAAAAUUAGCAGAAUUAGCCUUAUCGAUCUUGCCGGACUCGACAGGAUGAAACCUGAUGAUGCAGGUCGUCAAUCAGCAAAAGAAGGCAAAAAUAUCAAGAAGACUCUAUCACAACUUGGGAAAUUGGUGUACGCUCUUGGCAAUGGUGCUCAACCAGGCAAUUUGGGAGUUUCACCUUAUGGAGGAUCUUGUUUAACAAAUUUGCUGCAAGAAUCUCUUGGUGGAAAUUCAAAACUCACAGUUAUAUGCAACGUCUUUCCUGAAAAAAGAUAUGACUCCGAAACGCUGAGGACACUCAGAUUUGGGCAGAGAGUUAAAUCCUUAAAGAAUGAACCUGUAAUAAAUGAAAUAUCGGAGGAUGAUGUUAAUGAUUUGAGUGAUCAGAUUCGCCAAUUAAAGGAAGAACUUAUAAGAGCAAAAUCAGACGUCCAUUAUUCAGUUAGGAACAAAAAUGGAUGUUUAAAAGGGCUUAAUGCACGUGAAAGCUUGAACCUCCUGAGAGUAAGCCUUAAUCGCUCUUUGAUGUUACCUCGCAUGGAAAACGAUUCUGACAAUGAAGUUGAUAUUAACGAGGAUGAUGUGAGGGAACUCCAUCAGCAACUCAAUAAGUUGCAUAGCUCUUGUGAGGAGAAAGACCUUUCCGACACUAUAAACUCAAGUCAUUUUGCUUCUGUGGAUGAAAGUUUUGAGACAGAUUUGAUGAGUGAAGAUGAAGUAAAUGGUCCUGAUGAAAUUCAAAAGGAAAGUGACCAUGAAGAAGAAGUUAGUUCUGGGAAACAGAAGGAAGGUGAAGAAGACAUUUUAAAUUUUUCAAAGGCUGAUUCUACAAUUAGAAGUAGCAUUUCUAUUAGUUUUUGUCGUCAGUCUCCAUUUCUUCAAGAGCCCACAUUGUCAGAGUCUCCUAAAAUUGGAAAUAUCAGGAAAAGUAUGGCUAUUCCAUCUGAAGUAGCAGGUCAGAAUGAUGUGUCUCACAGCACCAAUUUCAAGUCAGAAAUGUUCCAAUCAAUUAAGCAUAGUGAGCAUAUUCGAUCAUCUUUGCGCUCAAGCAAGAUGUUUCCAGGUCCCACCGAGUCCUUGGAAGCUAGCCUUCAAAGAGGCUUGCAGAUCAUUGACAAUCACCAGCGGAACUCAGCAGCAUCAAAUAGAUCUUCAGUUGCCUUCUCAUUUGAGCACUUGGCACUGAAACCUUGUCCAGAAGCUGAUAGAGCCUAUGAUUCUGUCCAAAAUUCAGCGUCAGGCUCUUCACUCUGUGCCACUUGUAAACAAAAGAUCGAUGACAAAUCUGCUGAAGGCAAAGAUAGCCAAAAGAGAUGGAUUGUAGCAGUUGAUGAAGCUAAAGUAUGUUCAUUUUUUUUUACUUUUUAUUGUUCUCAGGAUGACUCGGCUGAAGCCCAUAAGAGAGAGAAGGAACUUGAAAAUGUUUGUAAGGAGCAGGCAGCUAGAAUUGAACAGCUAAAUCGAUUGUUGGAGCAAUACAAACACGAGAAAGAACACUCCCCCAAGGAACAUGAUCAAGAAGUUGACAGUCUUUGUCUUGAGGGCUUGAUGAAGGAUCAAAUAGUCAUGUUUGAUGAAUCCAAAUUGAAAGAUCAAAACGAGCUUCCAGAAAUCAUAAAAGAAGUUCAGGAAGAGCGGGAGCGUGGGAAUUCACUUUUUGAUAUGAAGGAAAAGGAAGCACUUCUUCAGGAAAAUCAAAGUUUGAGGGCCCAGUUAAAGUCUUAUACUGAUGCAUCUGCAAACAAAUCUAUCGAUAAUCUUCGAUCCUCUUUAUUAGCAAAGUCCAUUCAAUUCAGAAAAAGUUUCGAUUUGAGACGCGGUAACGAUGAAGAAGAACUUGAGAGGGAAAGAGAAAGAUGGACAGAAAUGGAGAGUGAGUGGAUUUCCAUAACCGAUGACCUGAGAAUCGAUCUUGAAUCGAACCGUCGGCGUGCAGAGAAGGUGGAGACGGAACUGAUGUUAGAAAAGAAGGUCACUGAAGAGUUAGAUGAUGCACUUCAUAGGUCUGUCCUUUGUCAUGCUAGAAUGGUUGAACACUAUGCUGAUCUGCAAGAGAAAUAUAAUGACUUAAUGAGAAAGCACCGAGCAAUCAUGGAGGGGAUCGCAGAGGUGAAAAAGGCAGCAGCUAAGGCGGGAACCAAAGGUGGUAGCCGGUUUGCUAAAUCGCUUGCGGCGGAGCUUUCAGUUUUGCGGGUGGAGAGGGAUAGAGAAAGGGAUUUCUUGAAGAAGGAGAAUAAGAGUCUGAAAAUGCAGCUUAGAGACACAGCAGAAGCGGUUCAUGCUGCUGGAGAACUCCUUGUUCGACUUAGAGAAGCCGAACAUGCUGCCUCAGUUGCAGAGGAAAAGUUUAACAAAGGUGAGGAAGAAACUGAAAAGUUGAAGAAGAAAUUAGAGAAAGUGAAGAGAAAACACAAGAUGGAGAUAAUAACAAUGAAACAGUACUUAGCAGAAAGCAGAUUACCGGAAUCUGCAUUGAAACCGCUGUACAGACAAGAUUCUGCGGAAAUAACACAUAACAACACAAUUAUAGAUGAUGAUGAUCAAGCUUGGAGGGCAGAAUUUGGACCAAUUUAUCAAGAACAUUUCUGAGUAUAAGUUUCUGAGUACAAGUUUCUGGAGAGUGAAGACCCAUCUUGGGUCCAAGCUAAGCUAUACUUUGAAAUCCUUAUUCUUUGAGAUCCUUAUUUUAGAACAAAUUAUAUUAUUCAUAUCGUUGAAAUCCUCAUUUCUGAUGUUGCAUUGGUGUAUGAUUUAUUGAUGUCUUGUUCUUUUACUAUAUUGUUGAUAAUAAAAUGAAGAUUGCUUUUGAUUCAUAA